AUGGCAAUGGAGUACUCGUCUUCAAGAAUCACCUCCGCACAAAGGAGGUAUCAAUUCACAUGGUUUAAUUCUCUCUUUUUUCUCUCUCUCUCCACAAUCUCGGUCUCUUCUUCUUCUACAACUCCACCCUCUUACACUGAUCACUGUGGUUCAAUUGUUCCGGAGUCGACCCCAACUGUUCGCGACUACACGACCGUGCCAUAUCUCUAUAUACCGUCCGGUCGCUACAAUGGUGGUGACAAUAUUCUUGGCAGCAACUCAACUCAUUUCUUUAAUUACGGGAAUUAUCUCUCCUUUCGUGCUACCGGAAACGUUUAUAAAACCGAAGCCACUGGUGUUUACAAGAUUAAGGCCUUCUUGUUCUUCAAAUCCUCCCACUAUACCUAUGUUCUAAAGAAUUCAACUCAUGGCCAAUCUUCCUACUAUUCUGGAUAUCGUCUUCCACUUAAAUUCAUAUUAAGAGGGUUCUGGUCUGAAUCUUCUGGGAAGCUUUGCAUGUUGGGCUCAGCUUCAUGGCACUCGAGAGAAGGUAACUCUCUUAAACUUGAGGCUCGUCUUAAGCUUAAUUAUGCUAAGAAUGCAACAAUCUUUACUAGUUUAGUUGGUGGAACAUUGGAGAGCUUGACUUCUUCUCAUGAUUCGAAUUACUUUGAUCCAAUUUCAAUAUUGGCAUUUCCCGUGAUGAGUCACUACCACUACACAUUGGUUUCAGAGGAAUCCGAUAGUGGGUGUCCUGGUGAAAUUGAUAUUCCAUCGAAUCACUCUCUUGGAUUGCAACCGAGAAGUAUUUGUUCAAUGUUCAGAAGGCAGUCUAGUCCUUUUAAAUUGGAGUAUGCAAGGGAGUGCAAUUCUUCCCAGAAUUGUAGUCCUUUUGGCAAGGGUACUGGGUAUUUGUUCAUGUCCUUGUUUGAAAUUCAGUGUUCAGAGGUGGUACAAAAGGUACGAUAUCUAUUAGAAUUUUCAAACAGCAGCUACGGGUAUUAUUAUCAGCCUUUCAAUCUGAGCACGAGAUUGGUUGCAGAAGGAUCAUGGGAUGGAAAGAAGAACCGGCUAUGCAUCGUUGCUUGCCGGAUCUUGAAUCCCUCUGAUUCUUUGGGAAAUGCUCGUGUUGGGGAUUGUUCAACUAGGUUGAGCUUGAGAUACCCUGCAGUCUGGUCAAUAAAACAAAGAUUGGGUAUUGUUGGGCAAAUUUGGAGUAACAAAUCUGAAAAUGAUUCUGGGUACUUCCCUAGGAUCAGGUUUGGAGGUUCUUCCCGUCACAUAUUGGGUGCUUCUGGUUUGAAGUAUGAGUACACUGAAAUGGACAGAGUAAAAAAAUUAUGCCCAGUGAAGAAGCCUUCUAAAAACAAAGGGCUGAGAUACCCAAGUGGAAAUUCUUAUGAUAUGAGGUUUGACAUGUCUGUAAAAGAUUCUAAAGGAAGAACUGCUUGGGGUUCUGCAUUCCCCGUCUCUGUGGGUGAUCAGUUUUAUGAGCGUGAGUAUGGUCAGACUCUUGAAAUCGCUAUAGCCGUUGAGCCAAGCUCUAAAGUUGAGAUAGAAGCCAACCCUAGUACUCCAUUCAAUAUCAGCUAUAAGAUAAGAUUAAAUCCCUUAGCUGAUGGGAUAUCUAAUGUGAGUAGUGAUGGUCAAGAGGAAAUUUCUGCUGAGGGGAUGUACAAUGAGGAAACAGGACACCUCUGUAUGGUAGGCUGUAAAAAGCUUGGUUCAUACAUUCAGGAAUCAAAAAUGGACUGUGAAAUUCUUCUGAAAUUCCAAUUCUCUCCAGUGAAUGCAAAGAAGGGAGGUUUUAUUAAGGGAAGCAUUGAAAGCACAAGGAAACAUUCAGAUCCUCUUUUCUUUGAUCAUUUGGACUUCUCCUCAACAGCUUUCUAUACUGUUGAAGCUAGACGAUCUAUCUGGAGGAUGGAUUUGGAGAUCACAAUGGCUUUAAUCUCUAACACACUUGCAUGUGUCUUUGCGGGGUUGCAACUAUUUUAUGUCAAAAAGCACCAGAAUGUGCUUCCUUUCAUUUCACUGGUCAUGCUUGUGAUCCUAACUUUGGGGCACAUGAUUCCUCUUUUGCUGAACUUUGAUGCCCUUUUCCUGAAAAAUUACAAUCACCAAACUGUAUUGCUUGGAAGUGGUGGAUGGCUUGAAGUCAAUGAGGUGAUCGUUAGGGUAAUUACAAUGGCAGCUUUCUUGCUGCAAUUCCGUCUUCUCCAACUGGCAUGGUCUGUGCGGUCAAGUGAUGGGAACCAAAAGGGCCUGUGGGUUGCUGAAAUGAAGUCACUUCUUGUGACUAUAGCAUUCUACAUUUCCGGGGCACUCAUUGCAUUGUUCAUGAAUUGGAUGAAGAACAUAAAUGGCAAGACAACAUUGUCUUCUCAUUCUGUCGCUUACCAACAACAUAGCCUCUGGGGGGAUUUGAGAUCUUAUGCUGGUUUGGUCAUUGAUGGUUUUCUGGUCCCUCAAAUCCUCCUCAACAUAUUCCAAAUUUCAAGAGAAAAUGCUCUAUCUCGUUCAUUUUACAUUGGCACUACUUUUGUUCGAUUGCAACCUCAUGCAUAUGAUCUUUACAGGGCUCACAACUUCGUUCCCCAGCGUUUCAAUGGGUCAUACAUGUAUGCGAAUCCUACUGCAGAUUUCUACUCCACUGCUUGGGAUGUGAUCAUUCCUUGUGGAGGUAUAAUCUUUGCAGUGAUCAUCUUCUUGCAGCAGCGGUUUGGGGGUCGUCGUAUCCUUCCUCGGCGAUUCAGGGAAUUGGAAUUGAAUGAGAAGGUGCCUGUAGUGUGCAACGGGUAG